CGUAUUCUGUUUGGCGGAAUCACAAGAAGUUUUCCUCAUCUGGGUCUUCUGCUUUUUCACCUUUCUUUCCCGGUUUGGGAUUUUGGGAAGGGAAUAAAAAUCGUUUUUUUUCUGUCUUCUCUUUAGCAUAUGGUAUAAGUUUUCUAUUCCUGUUGGGAAUUUUUAGCUUCAAAUUUGUAUAAUAUUUGGAAUUUGUUUGGUGGGUUGGUCUUUUUUCUUAUAUAUAUAAAUAUAUAAAUAUAUAUAUAUUUGUUUUAUUUUUGGUUUGUAUUGGGGGUUGGGGUUGCAAUGGAGGAGAGGUAUGAGCCAUUGAAGGAGCUUGGUUCUGGGAAUUUUGGAGUGGCGAGGCUUGUGAGGGAUAAGAAGACAAAGGAGCUUGUUGCAGUCAAAUAUAUUGAAAGGGGAAAAAAGAUUGAUGAGAAUGUUCAGAGAGAGAUUAUAAACCAUAGGUCCUUGAGGCAUCCAAACAUUGUCAGAUUCAAGGAGGUCUGUUUGACUCCAACACAUCUAGCUAUUGUGAUGGAAUAUGCAGCUGGUGGGGAGCUUUUCGAAAGGAUAUGCAGUGCUGGUAGAUUUAGUGAAGAUGAGGCGAGAUUUUUCUUCCAGCAGCUAAUAUCCGGAGUCAGUUACUGUCAUUCUAUGCAAAUUUGUCAUAGGGAUCUGAAACUGGAGAACACGCUCUUGGAUGGAAGUCCAACACCCCGUCUUAAAAUAUGCGACUUCGGUUACUCCAAGUCUGCUUUGUUGCACUCGCAACCUAAAUCGACCGUUGGAACACCCGCAUAUAUUGCACCUGAAGUUUUGCAACGUAAAGAAUACGAUGGAAAGAUUGCAGAUGUUUGGUCCUGUGGUGUCACGCUCUACGUGAUGUUGGUUGGAGCUUAUCCUUUUGAGGAUCCAGAAGAUCCUAGGAAUUUCCGAAAGACGAUUGGGAGAAUUAUGAGCGUCCAGUACUCAAUACCGGACUAUGUACGCAUUUCUGCAGAAUGUAGACUCCUGCUUUCGCGUAUAUUUGUUGCCAAUCCCGCCAAGAGGAUCACCAUCCCUGAAAUAAAACAGCAUCCUUGGUUCCUGAAAAACUUGCCAAAGGAGCUACUCGAAGUUGAGAAGACGAACUACACUAAAUUGGAAAACGACCAACUGACACAAAGCGUGGAAGAAAUAAUGCGCAUAAUACAAGAGGCAAAGAUGCAGGGGGAGGGAGCCAAGGCUAGCGGCCAAGGCGCUACUGCUGCUGCCGGGGCUUCCGCAUCCGACCCAGACGACGAGUCUGAAGUCGAUGUCAGUGGUGAUUACGUUGAAAAUGUUUGAGGAUGAAUUUUAGGAGUGAAAUCUCACAUGAUAAAAAUGCAUGCGCUUUUUAGCUUUGUUCAUGGACGAAGUUGAAUUUGACAUUGAUGGGGUUGAUCCACAUGUAUAGUAGAUUGCAUACAAAAAUUUCCCAAUAACGGAACAGUUGUUUUCUUUUUCUUUUUCUUUCCUUUUCUUUUGGGUCUGGUCUAAAAACAGAAUUGAAUGUCUUACUCUGUA